CGCGGCUUAGAAAACAGGUACCACUGCUAACAUCGAAACGAGAGCUGGCGGGGUGAAGUCCAGAAGCUCAGCGUCUCAAAGGAUGUGACAGCUCGCCCAGGGAGGCGAAUGGAGAUCCGAGAGUGAAGUGCGAAGGUCGAAAUCGAUGCAGGGAAUAAUCGUGAUCCAUCCAUCAGAAAUGACGCAAGCGGCCAGGUGAAGGUGAAGGUGAAGGUGAAGGUCGGCAGCGGAGGCGGAGGCGAGAAAGGAAAUGCGCAGAGAAAAGCAUGUCGGGGAUAUGUGGCUACAUGGAUAUGGGCGUGGAGCAUGUCUGGUUCAAAGCUGGACGGAAGGAAUAAAUCAGAGCAGGUGGGCACAACGGAUAUGGAUCAAUUGCCACCGCGCCCGCAACGGUUGCUCGCGCGCACCCUAAUGAAUGAGCGAUCGAGAAUGAGCACGCUCGGUGGUCAAAAAGGCAAAAGGCGAACAGACGACGACACUCCACGAAACAACCAGCGCGUCAGAAUAAAGCUUGCGCCUCGCCCUCUCGCUCUCGCUCCAUUGGCGAGAAGCGGCAACAUAAUCAUGCCCGCGACCGAGGCACGUCGACGCGAACAGAGGCGCCGCUUACCUUCUACAUUCGACUCAAUCAGACUCAGCCAUAUUGGAGUUGGUGAGGUGAGGGUACGAUCCAGACCCACGAGGCACGGAUCGACAGGAUAGAAACAGAAGGUGCGAGCGCGCUUGCUGCUGCUGCUGCUUCAGAGCGGUCAAUCUGACCGAAGCAGCGCCUCGGCUCGUCUCCGAGAGAGAGGUAUAUGUGUAAACAAAUCGUCGACCUUGAAUGAGUUGUUUAAGUCGGGUCGGGUUGGGUCCUCCAUGGUCACGAGUGAAAAAAUCGGGUAAAAUAUCGCUGCAGCUCCAAGAAUAAGGGGUCAACUGUUAAAGAGCAGCGUUCGAUUUGUACACAAUCCACUGGUCGAUUGGCGUGACCAUGUCGAGCGAGGUGCGCGACAACUCGGGUUCGUCCAAUAAUGCAACCCUGACGUUUCACUCUCAGGCGCCCAUGCAUGCAUCGCUCGCCAUCUUUGUGCGAGGGCACCGAAUCAGUUUGGGAAGAGGGUGAAGAGGGUAAAAGAUGGCAGUCUCACUCACCGCAUGUACUGUGCGAUUAUGUCAUACAGAGUAAGUCAAGCGAGGCCAACCGAAUCUGCCUUCGUAGAGUAUCGGUGCCCCUGGAAGCGUGGCCCCACAACCAGACGAAGCCAGACAGUCCCGCAGAAGAGGGGUCUGUGCACAUCCCGCAGAGUCCUCCAGUCACCGCCCUUUGCAGA